UUUAGAUAGAUAAUUAUGGGUAACUAAUGUCGCAGUUCAGGGAUACAUUUACGCGAGGGAGUAAGAAGGACUCCGUCCUUUCCUACGACGAUUUUGCGUCCAGAAUAUUCACCAGCGGUUUCAUUCUCUGCUUUUUAAUACCAAUUACAAUAUAUCUAUUUAAAAAGUGGUUUUUCGGGAAACGACCGAAACUUCCGGCGAAGUUGCGCCUGUCUGAUGUACAUAUAGAGAGCAAGAAGCAAGCUUGCGUCAAAUGUGAGUGCUCGUUUUGCAGAACGAGAAGAGCCGAAGAAUCUAAAAAAUCCCUCAAAUUCAGAGACCAUUUUACAUUCUCUAGAUUAUUUCAAUUCGUACUUCUAGCAACAUUUUGGUGGAUAGUUGUUUAUUUGAUUUCUGGAAUUAAUCCAGAUGAUAAUAUUAAAAGGUUUGACCCUUUUGAACUGCUCGGUUUAUCAACCGAAGCUACCAAGAAGGACAUACAGAAGGCAUACCGCCAUCUGUCACUCAAAUAUCACCCUGAUCGAAACCCCAAUGACCCAGAAAUGUCUGCACAUUUCGUUCUAAUCACUAAGGCAUAUAGGACGCUAACCAACGAGGUAUCGAGAAUGAACUAUGCAAAGUAUGGGAAUCCGGACGGACCCGGUAUGAUGAAGAUAGGAAUAGGACUUCCAAGGUUUCUGGUGGACGAGAAUAACCAGAUUGUCAUAUUAUCCUUAUUCUUCCUGCUCUUGCUAAUAGUUGCUCCGUCACUCUUUCUGUGGUAUUAUCGCACCCAAAAAAAUCUCACAGCUUCCGGGAUCCGGUUGGAGACUUUGCAGCUGAUAUAUUAUUCAUUGAACGAAAACACAAGACAUAAGAGUCUGCCAGAAGUUUACUCAUGUUCGUCAGAGUUGUCUAAUAUUCCGUACCAUUCGAGCGAGGAGACGGAGCUCCGUAAAUAUUUUCACAUUUUGAGUGAUUAUAAGAGGAAGAACAUUUCCUCGGAGACCUUCAGGAACUUCUUGCUUCUACUUUGUCACCUUAACAGGAUAGAAGAUCUAUCAUCACAAUUAAAAAAAUCUCUAAACGAAGUCUUAAAAUAUAGCAUGUUAAUCACACACUGCAUGCUCGACGUGGCGCUCUCAAAGAGCUGGCUGCUCACAUUCAGGUCAGUGAUAGACUUUAGGAGAGGAAUCCUCCAAGGCCUGUUGACAAGAUCGGAGUCUUUUUACCAAAUUCCCCACUUCACGGAGUACGAGAUUAACCACGUGGGAAGAGGCAAAGCCAGCUCCAAGAGCAUUGAACAGUAUGUGAAAACGGAUUUUAAAUAUAAGAAAGGCUUGAACAACUUAACGGAGGAGCAGAAACAAGACGUUGAGGAGUUUUGCAAAUACUUCCCAAAUGUUUCGCUAGAAGUUAAAGUGUACGUCGAGGACGAGGAUGAAAUUUAUGAGGGAGAUUUAGUGACGGUGGAAGUUAGACUAAGAAGAAAUAACUUGAAGGAUAAAGAGUUAAUUGGGCCAGUACACGCACCAUUAUUUCCAUACGUAAAGUAUGAGCAGUAUUACGUCCUGUUAACUUUCCCGCUUGCUCUUAACAGGGAUAAGGAUACCUCAAAUCACGUCCAUUCAAAUGAAUCUAGAGUAAAUGGAGUGGUUUCGCAAGAUCUUUUCGACUUAGUCGAGGAAGUAAAAGGUAAGGAUUGGGAGAAUAACCUGCUGUUGAACUUUUCAAUGACGACAAGCCGUGAGGCUGAGGUUGUGGAAAAAAUGCAGAUUUUAGCAGAGAAGGUGGGCCAAAACACUAUUUGUGUAACUGCAGUUAACGACUCUUACUUUGGAGCUGAAUUCUCAGUGCUUAAGAAGUUCUACGUUAACCCACUCAACUUGCAGAAAAAAUACGAAUCCUUUAAGAUCCACCCUGAGGAUAUGAAACUCGACGAAGAUGUUAACCCAAUUACCAAGAUGAUUGGAGAGUUACUGACAGCUGAAUCUUCAGAUGAAGAGGAAGUUGAGUAUAUAGAAUAAUUGGCAUUUUAAUGUUAUUUUCAAACAAAAAUUU